GUACCUGCCAUUUUUCAUCACAAAUUGUUUUUUAAGUAAACAAAAACACUAUGAAAUGAUUAUCUUAUACUCGAUUUACUCACUCGAAAUAGCAAUAUUGAAAUGAUUCAAAUUUUUUUUGUUUUGACAAAUCAAGAAUUAUGUUCAGUGCAGUACUAGCCGCUUCGAGGCUGCAUGCCGCUACAGGGACGGUCGUCGGUGGCUCGGUCUAUCCCAAAAUUGCUCAACAAUGCCUUUCUCAAAGAGGCUCGUAUUCUCAAAUCGAAAAACCAAUGCAAAAAGUUCGAAAAUUUGGCGAUUGGCGAUCAUUUUUCAACUCGAGUCUACUUUUCAGGAGUGAAAAUGUCAAUGUCAAUGCUGUAAAAAAGAACCAUAAUCAAAGUGUCAGCUCUAAGCGAUGGAACAUUAUUCAAUUUUUUAGAAGUUAUUCAAAUGUUCCACUAGCUAAUCCUCUAAAAGUCAAUACUAAGGUUUUAAAUAAUGUUAUGUUAUAUCGAUUUGAGAAACCUAUCAUGUUUAAAGCUGCAGCUGCAUUUGGUAUUCUUACAUGUAUUGGAUGUUUAACAAUGGCUGAUACUAUUUAUUUAGUAUUAUGUAAAGAUCUUUUUAAUCCAGAAAAAGAUUUAUGGACAAGAUUGAAAGCUCAUGUAUUACCCCUUGCAGGAAUUUCAAUCGGAGUGAUAUGUGGACCUCUUAUAUUAAUAACUGUUUGGUUCAUAACUGUUAGAUCAGUUAAGUAUUUAAUACUGCAUAAAGGUGGUAAAAGCAUUACCCUUGUAGCUUAUCAUCCAAUCAAAAUGGAAAAAAAAUAUGCUCGCAAAUUGGAAGAAGUGAGCAGUGUGGCAGCUAGAAGUGACAAGAAAGGCUAUGUACCUUUAAAACUUAAAGGUGUAAGAUUUCAUUUCAUUCUUGACAAACAAGGCCAUUUUGUUAAUCCAGAACUGUUUGACUGUACCGCAGGCGUAAAAAGAUUCGAAUAAUAAAAAGUAUAAUGUAUAGUGUAAAUAAACGUUAGUGUAAAUAAAUGUUUGUAAAAUUUGUAAAAAGAAUAUUUCACUAAAAUUGAUUUAAUUUUUAAACAUGAAAAUUGAGU